AGAGAAACCGGAAGUAGCUCACCAACUAACUCACGUGUACAACAUGAAAAACAGAAGAAAACACAACAAUGAGCCGAAAAAGGCUAAAUUCAAACCAGGAUCCAAGAAAAGGGAGAACAAAUGCAUCAUAACGUUUGACGACAAAGACAGACAGGAAUAUCUCACCGGCUUCCAUAAACGAAAAGUGGAACGGAGGAAGGCGGCGGUGGCAGAGCUUCGAAAGAAAAUCAAGGAAGAGCAGAUCAGAGUCAGAGAAGAAAGGCAUAAGGAAUACAUAAAGAUGCUGAAGGAGAGGACGGACGCUCUCGCGGAGGCCGAAGACGAUCUGGAAGAUGCCAUAACCGCCACGACGGAGUCUGUGCAGUACGAUCACCCGAACCACACAGUUACCGUGACGACCAUCAGUGAUCUUGACCUGACGGGGGCUCACCUGCUCGGUCCUGCAGCACACCAGGCUGACGGAGGGAACGAGGACGAAGAAAAGGGUGAAGAAGAAAAAGAAGAGGAGAAAACACUUGCGAUGCCGAAAAAAGCCGGGAAUCCAAUCGUCAACAAAAAGAUCCGCUCCAUGACGGCGGCGCUUAACACUUACACCACCAAGCGGAAGAGGAAAGGGAAGCAGGAAGGCCGAGGCAGACAGGGCCAUCCGACAGACAAGAGACCGGCCAUCACAGAGAGCAAACACAAAGGCGGAAAGACCAGCAAGCGGCAGAGACGUCGACAGACUGGGAAGAGGGUGCAUCAUCAGGAAUGAGAGGGUGUAGAAAGCCCACGUCGGGUCUAAAUCCUGAAGACUUUGUGUGUCAAUAAACUGGACUUUGGAGUAUUUAUGCCCCCGUGUUUGAGCAGAAUGUGCCGAGAAGUGUCUAAAAAUGAAGCUGAUGUGGACGCUCCGUGCUGGAACCUGCCUCUUGAAGUCUCAUGGUCAUAUUUGUGCGUUUUUCAGCUGUUUUUCUAGUGUUUUUUCUGAACAAACUUCACUGUAUUAACUUCAAUUUUAAUUAAAAUAAAAAUCCAUCUUUCCUAAUGA